AUGGAUUUGUCGAAGAUGCGGGGGUGGCGCGAGCUCGUGGCGGGGGAGACGGGGGCGCCGGAGGUCGUCUUCGUCGAGCAUCACCCCCGCGAGCUCUCGACGGCGCGGCAGUGGCGGGAGUUCCUCACGGCGGCCUUCGCGGAAGGGGUGAUCGGAGUCGGAACGUUUUUGAUCACCGCGCAGGAGGCGGAUCCGCUCGGGAUUCCCGAUUUGAGCGUUGGGAAAGCUCCGGGUGCGACGCGACGCGAGAUGGAGGAGGCGAUUCUCGAUUCUGCCGAGGCCUGCCAGCUUCGCGCCCGUAUUCUGAGGACUUUUACGUCGUCGUGGGAUUUCCCUGUGCUGCCCGAGGAGGAACCCAGCUGCUUCUCCCAUGUUUGCCUUAUUGAAGAGCCGGUAAACCCAUAG